AGUGGCUUUAGUGCACCGCGCGCUAGCCACCAGGUUGAAACGGACGUUCCGCAGAGCGCUUUUUCGGUCUUGGAUUCGUCGGGAGUUUGGAAGAGCGGACGAAGUUUAGGUUGGCGACAUAUUUGUCCAUCACCUGCCGCUGAUAAAAAGUGCGAAAAAUAAGAAUAGAAAAUUUUUAUCGCGAGUUUGUGUGAUUGUCAAAGUGCAGAUAUCGUCCGGUUGUUUUGAGUGAUACGAUUGAUCGUCGAAGACAUGUGGAAACUCGAUUGGAGGAUCGUCCUUUGCGUUAUCCUCGUCGCCUCGCAAGUCAAAGAUGCGUCGCAGGUCAAAAUAACGCGGCACACAGUCCCCGACUUUGUCGAGAGUGGAAAGGAGGAUUUCGUGAUUUUGGACUGCGACUACGACCUGGAAAAGACGCCGAGUGAAGGAUUGGUGGUGAAGUGGUUUCGAAACGAGGUGGAGUUAGUGUACCAAUGGAUAAACGCCAGAGACGAGAAGGACACGGACGGUUGGAAGAAGCCACAGAGCGUGCCACCCUUCGACAAGUACGUCGACCUGCGGUACAAGGCGAGUGAAGACAAGUCGAAGAUGUGGCGGGCGAUAAAGUUGAGGAACCCGACUCCCGAGCUAACCGGGAACUAUACCUGCACGGUCUUCGGAGUCGCGGGAAACGAGGCGACCAGCAAGAAGCCGAUGGUCGUUUACUCUACGGGGAAGAACUUCAGCUUGAUACAAAGUAAAAGAAGUGUCAACGGAACGGAAGGUGUGGAACUGACAUGCUUCGCCGAAGAUCUCUACCCGAGGCCCAACCUUCAGAUAUACGUCGAAGGCGUGGAACAGAUCCAGAGGCCAGAGGUCACCCAGUCUGUGGAUAAUAUGUUGUACGCGAUUAGUUCGCGGAUUCUACUUAAGGAUAAGGAUCUUCCGGAGGAGGUCACGGUCGGCUGCAACUUGACGAUACCCGAAGCCAGAUACUCCGUUUCCGAUGACUCGGUCUACUACCCCGGGUCGCCCAUUACUACUACCACCGCUACGACCACGUUGCAGCGAAAAAUGGACAUCCAGGCAUCAGACAACUCACAACCAGACACUGUCAUUGGUGGUGGUAACGCGGUGAGUUCGAUUCCUAACGGGCUGAUGAUACUCCUGGUCAAUACUCUUGUCGUCUGUUCUUCCAUAUUUUGAACUGCUUGCAACAAGAUCACGCAUUUGGAAGAGUCCGGCCCGCAUGUAUGUGACACGAUUUGGAAAACCGUCAACGAUAUUCCUCGUGUCGUUUCAUUGUCAAUCAUCAUUACUCAAGAUUAUUAUAAAUUCAUAUGAUAUAUAUAUAUAUAUAUAUAUAUAUAUAUAUAUAUAUAUAUAUAUAUAUAAUAUAAAUAUAUAUUGAAACCCCCACACAGACACAUUAUAUAGUACAUAAAUUAUUAUUAUUAUUAUUAUUAUAUAUAUAUAUACUUUCUGUUACAUGAUCUUAAUAAUCUUUCAAUUGUCAUCAACUCGAUACGACGCCAAGCUAUGGAUAGUUUAAAAUUCAAAUCGCAGUUGAUCAAAGAAAAUUGAGAAUGAGGCAACUUCUCGAGCCGAAAGGUAGGGAUAAAAAAAAAUCAGCUAUGGCUUGUACACGUGUGAAAAUGUUAAUAACGGUCAAUGGUAGAGGACACCGAAUGGUGUAAAUUGGGAGAUUAGAUGAUUUUUUAUGUACGUAUAUCGUCUGCUGGCAGUUGUAUAAAAUUUGCACAGGUGUCGGAACGUUAUUCUGGAUAAUGAUAAGCAUGAAGUCGGGUUCAGUAAAGCGUGAGAAUUAACAUUUAAAUACAACGCGCAAUUAUACUAUAUAUAAUGCUAAAUGCAGACUUGAAUUGUGUGAAAAAGAUUUGGAGAUGAAAAAAGAAGAAAAGAAAAUAAUAUGGCGAGACGUUUGCACGAAAUUCGUUGUCUCUUGAAAAAUGGCGCGAUGGUCGGCAUAUUCAUGAAAAAUGUGACACGACAAUAUGAAAAAUAAUUAUAUCAAUUCAGUUUUCGUUAACUCAGGUAAAUAGAUUUUCGGACACUACCUACAAGUAUGCGUAUGUAUGUUACGUAGGAAUUUUCUACAACUUGAAAGGCAGGAGGAGAUCAAAUUAUACAUAUAUAUAUACUCGUGAAAUACAUACGUGUGUGUAAAAUAUGACCCACGUGUAACAUAUAAAUAAUAAAUAUGCUCUGUAAUAUAGCACAAUUUUUUAACGGAUCGAUAAUAUAAUAAUAUAUAUAUAUAUAUAAUAAUAUAUAUAUAUACGUAUACUGUACAUGUUUUAUCGGGCUGAAUAAUAACGUUUAGCCGAAGAAUCUCUUUUCGCCCUUAAGGCAAGAUCGUAAAUUUAUCAAGACGUAACGUAUAAGCGAUUAUAUAUAUAAGACGUCGCGAAACAGGGUAAGAUGAAAUAUUUUGCCAAAGAAUAUUGUAUAAUAUACGUACGAGCGUGAGCAGGUUUCUCCUAGAAUCACUUUUAUUGUUCAUAAUGUGUUGUUAAAGAAUUAUUAUCGAUCGUUAUUUUCAACUUCGAAACUUAACGGUGUCCGAUUAUUCAAUUUUAAGUAAAUGGAUAAAUUAAUGAAAUUGAUUUUACGCUGCGAUUAAUCGUCGAAACUCUGGAUACUGACAAAGCUUUGGGCAGAGAGUAAAAAAAAAAAAAAAACAACAAAAAUUACGAUUAUUGCUCUGGUAGUACAUACGAGACCAAUGGUUACAUUCAUAA